AUGUUCGACACCUCGGUACUAGAAGAACCAAUAGAUCUCUACUCAAUAUUGAUGCUCCAGCAAAGCAAUACCACCACUACCAACUCAACCACAACAAAUUCUACCGUUACGCAUGCUAGCAUCGCAGCAACUUUCCCACAAAUGAUGGAGAAUGCUCUCUCAAUCUCCAAUUCAAUCUUGUACAUUAUCAUCUACUCUAUUCUCAUGGCUAUCAUGACUGGUUUCCUCAUCAAAUACAAGCAAGACAUGAAGAGAAACCAGAAAAUUCUCUAUGGUCUUGUCUUUUUAUGUAUUCUCACACAAUAUUUUGGUUUAAUUUUCAGAUUAGUUUACAAUGGUGAAGCCCUAUGGAUGAACAUGACAUUUCCUGAUUAUUCGAAAUCAUUGACCCAAAUCAACUACUACAAGACUGUUCUCUAUGUAUUUUCAUUCCUUGAAAAUUUGUUUGUUGUCUUUCAGACUGUUAAUAUUAUCAUUGUGAUUUGUUUUAUGCAGAACUUGUUUUUGAAUACUGUCAAAUUGUCAGGUGCUAUGACCAAUGGAGUUUAUAAAGGGUUGAAGUGGACUAUUAACAUUGUGAGCUUACUUUGUGCUGUCAUCAUGAGUAUUAUGGUCAUUUUGAAUAGUGCCAUUGGAUUAAUAUCUAAAAUGCAGGUUGCCAACUUGAAUACCCUUCCAAUUAUUGUUACCAUCUUUUUAAUUUUCCUAGCAACUGUCAUUGUUGAAACUGUAUUGUUCCUUGCCUUGGGUAUUCGUUUAUUGUUAGUUGUGAGAAAGAACAGUCUCAAUAUUUCACAAGCUAAGGACAAGAUUUCAUUCCUUCAAAGACCUGAAGUCAGAAUUAGUGGAUUAAUUAUUGGAAUGUUAGUCAGUGCCUAUAUCCAAGUAUUGGCAGCUGUUGUAUCUGUUUUCACUACUUCCUAUGCCUCCUAUUUGCACAUUUUUGAUUACUUUUUACAAGCUUUUGGUAUUCUAGUUUUUGCAGUAUUCGUCUUGCUUCUCUACAAUCCAUUGGUUUCGUAUAGUGUUUCCUCUAAAUCUUCAACAUCAAGCCAAGCUCUCGAUGAUGUCAAGACCCACAGUGAAAGAACUGACUCUGCACACAACAGAAGACUCUCCUCUGCUCGAAGUGCCAUCAACAAACAAACCAGUAAUUUGAGUGAUGCCUAUGAGAAGGUACUUUCUCCUUCCACAACUACAUCUACUUCGGUCUCUUCUCCCAUCGGAAACAAUGAUUCUUUCACUAAGUAUUUAAUUGUACUCUAUGUUUCAUCAACUUUUGAGAAUGCACUCGUAUUGAGUCAGGUGAUUAAUAUUAUUAUUGUCACUUGCUUUAUUCAGAACAUGUUUUUGAGAACUGUUGAGAAUGCUGGAGCUAUGAGUAAGAAAGUCUACAAGAUUUUGAAAUAUCUCAUCAAUAUCGCUAGUAUAUUAUUUGCAGUACUUGUCACACCACUUAUCAUUCUCAAUUCUUCCAUUAAUUUGGCAACCAAAAUGCAAGUUGUGAAAUUUGACGUUACACCAAUCAUUGUGGUUAUUGUAGUCACAUUUGUCUUGGUAAUAUUUGGAGAAUUAACAAUAUUUAUUACAUUAGGAGCCAGAUUAUUGUACGUUGUAAAACAGAACUCUCUCAAAAUAUCACAAAUGAAACAUAGUGAACAAGCAACUUUGAAAGAGAUUCUUCAAAGACCUUAUUCGAAAAUUGUUGGACUUAUCCUUGGAAUUUUAUUGAGCUCACUGCUCCAAUUUAUUGCUGGAAUUAUUUCGUUUUUGACCUCAAACUAUGCUUCAUAUUUACAUAUAUUGGAUUAUUUCUUACAAGCUUUUGGAAUUUUACUGUUUGCAGUUCUGGUCUUGCUUGUUUACAAUCCAUUGGUACUUUCACAUAAUAGUAUUGGAAGCUCAACUGUGAAUCCAAAUGAUGAGCCACCUUCUCAGAUUUCCAGUGCCAGACUACCAUCCUCAAAAAGAAAAACCAUGAGUACAAAGAGUAUGGAAUUGAGACACUCACCAAAGAAUCAAACUACAAGUCAACAUGAAAAGGAGGAACACAUUGAUGAAAGUGUCUCUACUCGCAAUGAUGGUGAGCAACCAAUCUCCACUCCAGGUGAAUCUCAAGUUUAA